AUGGGGGAUAUAUUGGCCGGCGACGGCGAGGUACCGAAGCUUCCGAUUCCCGGCAAACGAAACAUACUAAUUACCAGUGCUCUUCCUUACGUCAACAACGUUCCUCACCUUGGGAAUAUCAUCGGCUGUGUGUUGAGUGCCGAUGUGUUUGCUCGGUAUUGUCGACUGAGGGGGUAUAACGCUGUAUACAUUUGCGGAACUGAUGAAUAUGGAACGGCAACUGAGACCAAAGCAUUGCAAGAAAAUUGCACCCCCAAAGAAAUAUGCGAUAGAUAUCAUGCGAUUCACAGGGAUGUCUAUAAUUGGUUUAACAUAAUUUUUGAUGAAUUUGGACGAACUUCAACCCCACAACAAACCGAAGUUUGUCAAGCAAUCUUUAAAAAGUUAAUGGAGAACAAAUGCCUUUCUGAGAACACAAUGCAGCAGCUUUACUGUGAUACAUGUCAGAAAUUUUUAGCUGACCGACUUGUUGAAGGGACCUGCCCGAACAAAACAUGCAAUUAUGACUCUGCCCGAGGAGAUCAAUGUGAAAGUUGCAGUAAACUGUUGAAUCCAAUAGAACUCAUUAAUCCAAGAUGCAAGGUCUGUCUAUCCAGUCCUUGUAUCCGUGACACAGAUCACUUGUUUCUUGAGCUUCCAUUGUUGGAGGGUAAACUUAAAGAGUACAUCAGCAACAUCUCAGUGUCUGGAUCAUGGAGUCAGAAUGCUAUUCAAGCAACAAAUGCAUGGUUUAAAACAGGAUUAAAGCAACGAUGUAUUACUAGAGAUUUGAAGUGGGGGGUUCCUGUUCCUCAUGAGAGAUUCAAUGACAAAGUUUUCUAUGUUUGGUUUGAUGCACCAAUUGGGUAUGUCUCAAUCACUUCAUGUUACACACCUGAGUGGGAGAAGUGGUGGAAGAAUCCUGAAAAUGUGGAGUUGUAUCAGUUUAUGGGAAAAGAUAAUGUACCCUUCCAUACUGUAAUGUUCCCUUCUACACUUCUUGGAACUUCUGAGAACUGGACUUUGAUGAAGACUAUCAGUGUUACAGAGUAUCUAAACUAUGAAGGAGGUAAGUUUUCAAAGAGCAAGGGUGUAGGAGUCUUUGGUAAUGAUGCACAGGAUACAAAUAUUCCAGUAGAAGUGUGGCGAUACUAUUUGCUAACUAAUAGACCAGAGGUAUCAGACACAUUAUUCACAUGGACAGAUCUUCAAGCAAAGCUAAACACUGAGUUGCUAAGUAAUUUAGGCAAUUUCAUUAACCGUGUUUUGAGCUUCAUUGCUAAAGAUCCAGAUUCAAGAACUGGUAGAGGUUCAGGAUACAAUUCCAUAAUUCCAGAUGCUCCAGGUGCUGAGACACAUCUGUUAUCAAAAACACUAGGAGAUAAAAUUGGUACUUAUGUUGAACAAUAUGUUGAGGCCAUGGAGAAGGUUAAGCUAAAGCAAGGAUUGAAAAUUGCAAUGAGUAUAUCUGGUGAGGGCAACGCGUAUCUACAAGAAAGUAAAUUCUGGAGGCUUUACAGAGAAGACCUACCUUCAUGUUCCAUAGUAAUGAAAACUUCAGUGGGAGUAGUUUAUCUUCUUGCUUGCCUGUUAGAGCCUUUUAUGCCAUCAUUUUCCAUCCAGGUACUGAAGCAGCUUUCUUUGCCCCACCAACUUUCCCUGUGUGAUGAGAAAGGAGAUGUAGAGAAGGCCAAAAGACCAUGGGAGAUGAUACCUUCUGGCCACAGAAUUGGGACCCCUGUGCCAUUAUUUAGAGAACUGAGAGAUGAAGAGGUGGAGUUGUUGAGGGAAAGGUUUGCAGGAAGUCAAGCUGAUCGAGCAGAUAGGUUUGAUUAUUUGGAGUGA